GUUUGGAGUGGUCAGAUGGAGGGGGACACACAGGAUGGCAGCCCGGACUGGAGUAGCCUAGCCGCGGACAUGUGGUCGAAGUGAAUUUUGAGGAAAAAUCCGAAUUUGGUGUGUGUUUGAGGGCGAAACAUGCCGCUAGUGAAGAGAAACAUCGAGCCCCGGCAUCUUUGCCGCGGAGCGCUGCCCGAGGGCAUCGGCAGCGAGCUGGAGUGCGUGAUGAACAACACACUCUCGGCCAUCAUUCGCCAGCUCAGCAGCCUCAGUAAGCAUGCUGAGGAUAUAUUUGGGGAGCUUUUUAACGAGGCGAACAUGUUUUAUCUGCGUGCGAACUCCCUGCAGGAUCGGAUUGACCGCCUGGCCGUCAAGGUCACUCAGCUGGACUCCACGGUGGAGGAGGUUUCUCUUCAGGACAUUAACAUGAGGAAGGCCUUUAAAAGCUCUACUAUUCAGGACCAGCAGGUGGUGUCCAAGAGCAGCGUUCCAAACCCUGUGAAAGAGAUGUACAACGUCAGCGACAAACCUCCUCCCCUCAACAUCCUCUCACCGUACAGGGAUGAUAACAAAGAAGGGCUGAAGUUCUACACAGAUCCCUCCUACUUCUUUGACUUAUGGAAGGAGAAGAUGCUGCAGGACACGGAGGAUAAGAGGAAAGAAAAAAGACGACAGAAGGAGCAAAGGCGUUGUGUGGACGGCACGCUGCAGAGAGAGGUGAAGAAAGUGCGGAAGGCGCGGAACCGCAGGCAGGAGUGGAACAUGAUGGCCUUCGAUAAGGAGCUAAGGCCGGACCACCGGCAUACGCACUCACUGCACAGAGGAGCCUCUUCUGAAAGCUCCAUGUCACCAGAGAACAGGUCCCAUGGUCAAGAGCACAUGGACCAUGGCUAUCUAACCAUGCCCAACCAUGCUGGCCACGCCCACACAUACUCUGGCCCUCCACCCGGUAUGGCAGCCCUCUCAGCUCACGCCCAGAUGGGCAUGGAGCAGGACUACAGGGCGGGAUCUAUGGCCUACCGCUCAGGCACAUUGGGCCGCCCGCACCAGGCUCCGCCUCCUCCUCCACACACAGAGACCAUGAAUGGCUCCAUGCCUCUCCCUCAUGUGGACUACAGUCUGGAUUACAUGAAUUCAGCACCGCCGCCUCCGCCGCCAGCUCCUCUUAUCCCAUCAGCCCAAACGGCCUUUGCCAUGCCUCCCAUGGGCCCUGUUCCACUUCCAGGCCAUCCCGGACCAAUGGGUGCAGGCACAAGCUACAUCCCACCUGCUCCUUCUGGACCAAUGGCUGCUCCUCCUCCACCAGGACCCCCGCCUCCUCCCCCCAGCACCACCCAGUCAAUCACACCCAAACGGCCAUCUGUGCCCAAUGAGGCCCAGCCCACUACUGAUGCUCGUAGUGACCUGUUGGCUGCUAUACGUAUGGGUAUCCAGCUCAAGAAGGUGCAGGAGCAGCAGGAGCAGCAGGCGAAGCGGGAGCCGGUGGGCAACGACGUGGCCACCAUUCUGUCCCGUCGCAUAGCCGUUGAGUACAGCGACUCUGAAGAUGACUCAGAGUUAGAGGACAAUGAUUGGUCUGACUAGAAAACACUCAAAAAGAACAUUUCACAUACAGGCACACGCACAGCCUCUCUUCCGUGUACAUUAACAGUGCAGUAUCUACAGCACCUAGAUAUAAUAAGUGCUUACAUAUGUGAAUAAACGCACAUUAGGAUGCCUGACCAACAGUUCAGUUAGAUGUUAGAUAAAUAGCAACUUUCCCUUGAUGUAAAGCAGCUGACCUUUCCCAUUCUUUUCUAAUGAUUUUUAACAAAAUUGCUCUGAAUAGGCAAUAUGGGUGUAGUGAAUAGUUAAUCAGAGAAAUGAUUACGAUUUGGUCAGAAGAUCCACUCUGUGGCCAGUUUUAUGAGGCUGGUGGCCUGCAAGAGAAUGUAGCUAUGCAUGGAGAAGUAUAGGCCAUUUGCUAUAUAGAGCACAUGGGAGCAUGCUAAGGUGACUGAUCACGCAGUCUUGAUUGGUCACGCUCACUCAGCUGUGCUCGAUCCAUUACGUCUGGAGAAGAGAUAACAGAAAUGAAGGAAUGGACUGGGGGUUGGCAUGGUGAUGAACGUGUGAACUCUGGUCUCAUGAGAAUAAACA